AAAAUAAGCCUGCCUUCCAUCCUAGGGGCUUAGCGAACAAAAAACUUCUCUCCGCGGCCGUAUACACAGUAGCGCCCAGUCUCCACUUGAAACGGAAAGUUUCCGCUUACAUCGGGAUCACGUGAAUAUCAUGGCCUCAGACGAUACUACUACGCCUCCCCAAACAAACGGCUCCACCACGGGCGGACAGAAGGGCAAGUUUCUCUGCCUGACUAUCCUGGGGUAUCGGAAGGCUGGCAUGAGCGAGGAGGAUUACCGCCACCAUAUGACCAAGAUCUCGGCGCCCAUGACGCAGGACCUGCUCGUCAAGUACGGUGUCAAGCGAUGGACUAUGAUCCAUAACCCGCUCGAGACGCGAAAGCUAACAGCCGAGCUUUAUGACCCGCAAAUGGCAAACGUAGCGGACUAUGAUUGCUUCAGCCAAGUCGUUUUCAAAGACUUGGAGGGCUACAAAGCGAUGAAAGAGGAUCCGUUCUACAAGGAGCACUUGAUGCACGACCACGAGAACUUCGCGGAUACGCGACGGAGCAAGAUCACCAUUGGGUGGGUCGAGGAAUUCAUUAGGGAUGGGCAGGUUGUGGACGGCAUGAAGGACUGUUGAGAAAGAGGCGACGCUGGGUGGGACCAUGUUGACACAAACGAAGGUGAUACGGCACAAUAGGGCUUGAACGCGACCCGAGAAUCAGGGGCAUCUGCGGUGUGUAGACGCCGUACUUGCUGGAAGGGUAUGAGCGUGUCAGUAAUCCAAAGACAGAAACCCAAUGCAUGUAUGACGACGCCA